AUGGCGCUGGCCAGGCCUGGGGCCUGGGACCCCAGGCCCAUGGUCUCUCUCCUGCUGCUGCUGCUGCUGCUGCUGCCCUGGGCCCCUGCCUUUGGCUUCCUGGCUGGGACAGCGUCCUCAGAGACCCAGAGCGCCUGUGCCUCAGACCCAUGCGCCCCAGGAACCGAGUGCCAGGCCACGGAAAGCGGCUACACCUGUGGGCCCGCAGAGCCCCGGGGCUGUGCCAGCCAGCCCUGCCACCAUGGUGCUCUGUGUGUGCCCCAGGGUCCAGAUCCUCAUGGCUUCCGCUGCUACUGCGUGCCUGGCUUCCAGGGCCCGCAGUGCGAGCUGGACAUCGACGAGUGUGCAUCCCAGCCCUGCCACCAUGGGGCCACCUGCCGCAACCUGGCUGACCACUUCCAGUGCCACUGCCCCCUGGGCUAUGCAGGCGUGACCUGCGAGGCCGAGGUGGACGAGUGCGCCUCGGCGCCCUGCCUGCACGGGGGCUCGUGCCUGGACGGCGUGGGCUCCUACCGCUGCGCGUGCACGCCGGGCUACGGGGGCGCCCGCUGCGAGCUGGACCUCGACGAGUGCCAGAGCCAGCCGUGCGCACACGGGGGCGCGUGCCACGACCUGGUCAACGGGUUCCGGUGCGACUGCGCGGGCACGGGCUACGAGGGCGCGCGCUGCGAGCAGGAGGUGCUGGAGUGCGCGUCGGCGCCCUGCGCGAACAACGCGUCGUGCCUCGAGGGCCUCGGGAGCUUCCGCUGCCUCUGCUGGCCAGGCUACAGCGGCGAGCGGUGCGAGGUGGACGAGGACGAGUGUGCCGCGGCCCCCUGCCAGCAUGGCGGCCGGUGCCUGCAGCGCUCCGACCCGGCCCUCUACGGGGGCGCCCAGGCCGCCUUCCCCGGGGCCUUCAGCUUCCGCCACGCCGCGGGCUUCCUGUGCCGCUGCCCUCCCGGCUUUGCGGGGGCCGACUGCAGCGUGGACGUGGAUGAGUGCGCGUCGCGGCCCUGCCUCCACCGGGGCCGCUGUCAGGACCUGCCCAGUGGCUUCCAGUGCCACUGCCCGGAUGGCUUCGCAGGCAUCACGUGUGAGGAGGACGUGGACGAGUGCCUGUCGGAGCCCUGCCUCCAUGGCGGACGCUGCGAGGACACGGUGGCGGGCUACAGCUGCUGGUGCCCGGAGGCCUGGGGCGGGCCUGACUGCGCCGUGCCGCUCACUGGCUGCCGGGGCCACACCUGCCCGCCGGCCGCCACCUGCGUCCCUUCCUUCGAGUCUGGGGUCCACAGCUUUGUGUGCCGCUGCCCCCCUGGGACUCACGGACCUGCGUGUGACCAGAAUACCACCUUCUCCGUGGUGGCCGGAAGCCCUGUGCGUGCUGUGGUGCCGGCCGGUGGCCCCCCAGGGCUGGCACUGAGGUUUCGCACCACGCUGCCGGCUGGGGUCUUGGCCACUCGCACCGACACCCAGGACAGCCUGGAGCUGGUGCUGCAGGGGGCGACCCUGCGGGCCACACUCUGGCGCCACGGAGCCUCUGCGCUCGUGUUGAGACUGCCGGAUCUCGCCCUGAAUGACGGCCACUGGCACCGGGUGGAGGUGGCGCCCCGCCCGGGGAGCCUGGAGCUGCGCCUGUGGCAUGAGGGCUGCCCCGCCCGGCUCUGUGUGGCCUCUGGCCCCGUGGCCCUGCCCCCCACGGCCUCCGUGGCCCCAGUGCCUGAGGGACCCUGCUCAGUCCAGCUGGGCGGCGCCGUCUUUGCGGGCUGCCUCCAGGACGUGCAGGUGGACGGGCGCCUCCUGCUACCGGAGGCGCUGGCCGGAAAUGUGCUCGUGGGAUGCGCGCGCCGAGAGCAGUGCCAGCCUCUGCCCUGUGCCCACGGAGGGGCCUGUGUGGACCUCUGGACCCACUUCCGCUGUGACUGCCCCCGGCCUCACAGCGGCUCCACGUGCGCGGAUGAAAUUCCUGCUGCCACCUUCGGCUUGGCGGGCACCCCGAGCUCGGCCUCCUUCCUGCUGCCCGAGCCCCCGGGCCCCAACCUCACCGUGUCCUUCCUCCUCCGCACGCGGGAGCCGGCUGGCUUGCUGCUGCAGUUCGCCAAUGACUCAGCCACCAGCCUGACCGUGUUCCUGAGCGAGGGCCGGAUCCAGGCCGAGGUGCCAGGCGGUCCUCCCAUGGUGCUCCCUGGACGCUGGGACGACGGGCAGCGCCGCCUGGCGACGCUCAGCUUCGGACCCGACCAGCUGCAGGGCCUGGGGCGGCAGGUGCACGUGGGCGGGAGGCUCCUGCCUGCUGACGCCCAGGCCUGGGGCGGCCGCUUCCGAGGCUGCCUGCAGGACCUGCGGCUCAACGACCUCCGCCUCCCCUUCUUCCCCCCACGCUUGGAGAACUCGAGUUGGCCGGGAGAGCUGGACGGCCGGCAGGCCCGGAACCUCACGGUGGGCUGCGUCUCCGAGGACGUGUGCAGUCCCAACCCCUGUUUCAAUGGUGGGACUUGCCUUGUCACCUGGAAUGACUUCCAGUGUACCUGUCCUGACAACUUCACAGGGCCCACCUGUGCCCAGCAGCUGUGGUGCCCUGGCCAGCCCUGCCUCCCCCCUGCCACCUGUGAGGAGGUUCCCGAUGGCUUUGUCUGUGUGGCCGAGGCCACGUUCCGCGAGGGCCCCCCGGCGGAGUUCAGCGGGCGCAACCUGUCCUCGGGGCGCGCGCUCAGCGGCCUCUCGCUCGCCUUCCGCACGCGCGACACGGAGGCCGGGCUGCUGCGCGCCACCGCGGGCGCCCACGCCGCUGCCCCCGCCGUCUGGCUGGAGGUGCGCAACGGCUCCCUGGCGGCCGGCGUGCGUAGCGGCCCGGGCCUGCCCGGCGCCGUGCUGCCCGCGCCCGGGCCGCGCGUGGCCGACGGCGCCUGGCACCGGGUGCGCCUGGCCAUGGAACGGCCCGCAGCCGCCGCCGCGCGCUGGCUGCUCUGGUGGGACGGCGCGGCGACGCCCCUGGCCCUGCACGGCCUGGCCGGCGACCUGGGCUUCCUGCGGGGCCCCGGCGGCGCGCGCCUGCUGCUGGCCGAGAACUUCACCGGCUGUUUGGGCCGCGUGGCGCUCGGCGGCCUCCCGCUGCCUCUGGCGCGGCCGCGGCCCGGCGUGGGCCCCGGGGCCCGGGAGCACUUCACGGCCUGGCCUGGGACGCCCGGCCCAAGCCCCGGCUGCCGCAGCGCGCCCGUGUGCGAGCCCUCGCCCUGCCUGCACGGCGGCGCCUGCCGGGACCUCUUCGACGCCUUCGCCUGCGCCUGCGGCCCCGGCUGGGAGGGCCCGCGCUGCGAGGCCCGGGCCGACCCGUGUCACUCGGCGCCCUGCGCCCGCGGCCGCUGUCACGCACGCCCCGACGGCCGCUUCGAGUGCCGCUGCCCGCCCGGGUUCGCGGGCCCGCGCUGCAGCGUGCCUGUGCUGGCCGAGGGGUGCAGCCUAAACAUCACCUGCCUCGACAGUGGCCCCUGUGAGGCUGGGCCCCAGGCCACCAACUGCAGCUGCCCCGAGGACUUGGCUGGCCCCAGGUGCCGGGUGCCUGUCCUCCCGUGCGACGCCAACCCGUGCCUGAACGGGGGCACGUGCCAGGCGGCUGGCGGGGGGUCCGAAUGCAUCUGCAGCGCCGGCUUCUCCGGCCGCUUCUGUGAGGUGGCGAAGGGCCUGCCCCUGCCGCUGCCGUUCCCGCUGCUGGAGGUGGUGGUGCCUGCGGCCUGUGCCUGCCUCCUCCUCCUCCUCCUGGGCCUCCUCUCGGGGAUCCUGGCCGCCAGGAAGCGGCGCCAGUCAGAGGGCACCUACAGCCCGAGCCAGCAGGAGGUGGCUGGGGCCCGGCUGGAGAUGGACAGCGUCCUCAAGGUGCCGCCCGAGGAGAGACUCAUCUAGGCUGGCCCGGCUGCACGGAGGGCCUGCAGCAUUUCUACCCCGGGACACCUGCUGGGGACAGCCCCCUCGGCUGGCGGCCCAUGCCCCUUCCCGCCGUGGGCCGAGGAAAAGGAGCAACUCAGGGAAGCAGAGGGGCCUGGCGGGGUUGUGGAGGUCUUCUCUGACCGCCGGGUCUGCCAGGGCAGGUACAGGGAUGCG